AUGGACUCUGAGCACGAUUUCAUCAUUGUCGGCGGCGGCACGUCUGGGCUGGUGGUUGCGGCCCGGCUCACAGAGGAUCCAAACAUUUCGGUUCUUGUCGUUGAAGCUGGCACCGAGCACACCAACGACCCACGCAUCCGGACACCGGCCUUUUGGCUUUCUGUUUUGGGAUCACCUGACUUUGAUUGGGCUUACAAGACUGUCCCCCAGAAAGGACUUGAUGGCAAAGUCAUCCCCCUGUCGCAGGGCAAGCUCAUCGGUGGCUCAAGUGCUAUCAACGGCCUGGCGUUUGUGGCCAACUCCAAAGCUGCCGUUGAUGCCUGGGGUGCUUUCGGCAACCCGGGCUGGGACUGGGAGACCUUGGGCCCCUACUACAAGAAGUUCCACACUUUAGCACACCCAUCCGACGCUGCUGGCAAACACCUCCGUCUUUCCUAUGUCGAUGAAAGCGUCCGUGGCUGCGACGGCCCCAUCAAGGCAUCCUUCCCCGAAGAAUCCAAAGAUCCUCUUCCAAACGCCUGGGUCGACACCAUCGGGGCCCUGGGCUUCCCAGCCUCUGGAGAUCCCUUCAGUGGGAAAUUCUCUGGCGGUUAUGUCAACGCCUUGAGCGUUGACCCCGAGUCACGCACACGCAGUGAUGCGGCGACGGCCUAUUUCGAGCCUGCCAAAUCCCGUCCCAACCUCCAUGUUGUGACCAGUGCCCUCGCAGAAAAGAUUUUGUUCGACACUGCUGGCGCGAGUCCGAAGGCCGUUGGGGUCCAAAUCCAAAAGGACGGCAAGACUGUCACUCUCGCCGCCAAGAAGGAGGUCAUCCUUGCCGCCGGAGUCUUUGGGUCGCCAAAGCUUCUGGAGCUGUCGGGCGUUGGUAACAGAGAGCUUCUUGAGAAGCUAAACAUUCCGGUGGUUGUGGAUAACCCCAAUGUGGGCGAGAAUCUGCAAGAUCACCCCGUUUCCAGCGUGAGCUUUGAGGUUGAGGAGGGCGUCAAGACCAUCGAUGCUCUGACCCGACAGGAUCCCGAAGCCGUCGGUGCCGCGAUGCAAGAAUACAUGACCAACAAGUCAGGCCCCUUUGCUGUGGGCAACUUCACCGGGUCACUUCUACCCGUGGCCGACUUUGUCGGGCCUGAUGGAAAGUCUACCCUUGACCAGGUCAUCAAGCAGAUAACAGCUUCGAACCCCAGCCCGUCAUCUGGCGAUUUUACGCCUCAUCACACCGAGUUUGUGCACUCGGUCCUGGCAAACCGAGCAGAAGGUGCGGGAAACCUAUUCAUGUAUGCGGCCUGCGCCAAUGUGAAUCCCGACAGUGUGGGCGCCGACAUUAUUGUAAAGGAUGCGUCCCCCGCCAACUUUGUCACAAUCUGCGCGGCGCUGUGCUACCCGCUUUCACGUGGCAGCGCCCACAUCACGUCUUCCAACGCCGCGGACCUGUCGGUCAUUGACCCCAGAUAUCUGGAGCACCCUCUGGAUCUGGAAGUCCAGGCCCGUCUUCUGCGGUACGCAGAGACCAUUGUGCGCACCGAGCCCCUGAGCAAGUUCAUCAAGCGAGGCGGACGCCGGAACGCGGGGGCUCCCGCUGACCUCGGCGAUCUGGAUGUGGCAAAGCAAUACUCCAAGCUGUCGGCGCUCAGCUGCUGGCAUCCCACGAGCACCUGUGCCAUGCUUCCCCGUGAGCGGGGAGGUGUUGUGGAUGCUCGGCUGCAUGUUCACGGCGUCGAGGGCCUUCGCAUUGUCGAUUCCAGUAUCAUUCCUCUGGCCACGCGUGGCAACACCCAGACGACAGUGUACGCGGUUGCAGAGAGAGCUGCUGACCUUAUCAAGAAGGAAUACGGCAUUGGAAACUGA